AAGCGUACAUCAAAAAAUCUAAAUCGAUUCGGUGACCCUCAUCCCGUUCGAUAUCAACUCCUGCCUCCUCCUGCCAUUGCCACUGAGAAGAAGUUUAGGAAGAGAGGAAGCGGAUUUUUAUGAUUCUGAUUUUUCACGAUGGAAGAAGUAAUAAAUGAAGUCGUCUCCUCGGACAUCCUCAAGCAUUUUGAAGCUGUAUAUAAUAAACAAGUUGAAGAUGGAGAAGUGACAAAGAAAGCAACCUUCGAGUAUGCCACCUGCCUCGUGAGAAGCAGGUACUCUGCUGACAUCAGGAAAGGGAUCUGCUUACUUGAAAGCCUGUAUGAAAAUGGAAGCGAAGAAGAGAAGCGGGACUAUGUGUACUACUUAGCCCUGGGAAAAACUAAGAUAAGGGAUUACAGUACUGCGUUAAGGUAUGUCAAAGCAUUUUUAGAUAUUGAACCAGCAAACAUUCAAGUACAAAGAUUAGAAGCUGUCAUUAGGAAAAGGAUGGAAAAAGAAGGACUGGUGGGCUUUGCGAUUGCCGGAGGUGCUAUUCUUGCUGCAGGCGGCCUGCUCACUCUAGGCAUCGCAUUGGUCAAAGGAUCUAAAUCAUGAAUUCUUCUUCUUUAUUACAUGUUUUAAUUAUGGCCUAUUUUUGCGUAUUUAUUUUUCCACAGGACAAAAAUAAUACUUUUGUUAUAGUCAUAGAAGUGUGCACAUUGUUCAGUAACGUUGCAUAAAAAUUCAAUGUCC